AUGUCAUCAUCCGACAGUCUUAGCUCCCAGAGCAGCUUCGAGCCUUCGUCCACUUCCGCCGCCACCCGCCAUCCUUAUCCUUCACAGCGGAUCCUUCCCAGAGCCUCGUCCAAUGCAUCCGCAAAUCGUCCCUUACCAGACCUCCCUCGUCACUCAACUUCAGGCCCUAGCGAACAAAUCCUCUCAAGCAUACUUCGAGAUCGACCAUUACCCAAUCCCGAGGAGCAGACUGUCGAGGAGCGAAGGCGCAGUCUGAUCGCUCUCGACCGCAAAAGGAGGCUGACAAACCCAGACAAUGGUGACUCGCGAAGAAGAUCAAACCACUCUACUCUUCAUGGGAGAAGGUUGGCUGAAGAUCAUCAUCAGACCGAGGUUUCCUCCACCUCAUCUACCCCCAGUCGAGCCUCUUCCAACACCCCUGGACCACCAGAGGUCAUUGAUCUGACGUCCUCUUCUCCUCCACCGCACCAAGAUACUGGCCCGGAAGAUAGAUUGGCAAGGACACCCUCCGAUAGAUCACGACAGUACCUGGUUCCCCGCUGGCAGCCGGAUUCGGAAGUGAACGAGUGUCCCAUAUGUCAUCGACCAUUUACUUGGAUGUUCCGAAGGCACCAUUGUCGAAAAUGCGGUAGAGUCGUCUGUAACGAAUGUUCACCCCAUCGUAUCACCAUACCCCGUCAGUAUAUUGUGAAUCCACCAGGUCCAGAAUUUCCCACAUCACCUACUAGGGGACGUGAGGACUCUACAGACCUUACACAAGCAGAUGACGGCAAUGCCCGUUCCCGCUCAAUCUCCACUCCCGGUUCAUACGGGGCUUCUGGAAUAACGCUGGAGGGUGGUGAGAAAGUCCGCUUAUGCAAUCCUUGCGUUCCAGAUCCUCAACCAGAACCGCCUUUGUACUAUCCGAGCGUCAACGAUGGCACUUCCCGUGAUUCAAGGUGGAACAAUAAUCUCGUCCAGGGAUUCAACUCGAACUAUAUCGGGAGGUCCGGUCACAGGCAGUCUGCUUCACAUUCAGGAGCAUUUGAAGGGCCCAUAACAAUAGCAAGCCCGCGAGAUGAUCUUAUCCGUCAUCAAGGUCAACGUCCAAUCACCAACCGUCAUGCUCCUUAUGGCAAUGUCGACAACAGUCAGACUGGUGCUGGUUGGUUUGGGUCUGUCAUGGGGCCAACAAGAUCUCGUUCUGCAACCUCAAGUAGCUCUCAAGUGCUGCACCACCAGAGUGAACAUUCACGACAUCCUCAGUCCCAAGGCCCAUCAUUGCCAAUGAUACGGCCGAACCCCCAUGCCAAUCGACAACCUCGGGAUGAAUACACCACCAUUGCAGCCUCCAUGCCCAAUCGAAGCCGAGGCAUGUCCCUUCUCGACGAUAAUAAUAUAACUGGUCACCGACCGCGACCAUCGCAAAAUCCAUUUAUCAUGUCUUCUCGCCCACGUUUAGCCGAGAGUGAUAUUUGCCCAGUCUGUCGCCGAGCAUUACCUCCCCGCGGACCCGGUGGAGACGAGUCCGCACGAGAAGCUCACAUAGUCGAAUGUCUUCAAGCUCGAGAUCCUACAUACCAUGGCGAAGGCAGUCCCGGUGGGCCUUCUCAGAUGCGCAUUCACAUGUUACCAUUCAUUGCAACCGAGAAGGACUGUGUAGGGCACGACGGCAGCGGUCAGGAGUGCUCGAUAUGUAUGGUCGAGUACGAUGUUGGGGAUGAACUGGCAAGACUAGAGUGUCUUUGUAAGUUUCACAAAGAAUGUAUCGUGGAAUGGCUGAGCAGGAAGCCUGAGUGCCCCCUCCACAAGCUACUCAACUGA